UCUAAACAAACAAAACCGUUUCCAAGUCAGCGCCUUGACACACCGCUCUGUCUGUCUUGGAGAGUGGCACAGCCGAGGCGUAACAUUUUGAAAGGUUGUGUUCAGUGGACAGCCACUGAGAGCGGGGAUGAGUUCAGGAGAUUUGGAGGAGCAAAUCACGGUUUCUAAAGUGGAAAAUAUUAAAAACAAGUGAGAAGUUUUGUUUUCGAAGGAACCAUUGGAGUACACUGUGACCAGCAAGACACCAUUCAACUCCGACCCCCGACGCUAAGGCUCCAUGGCAUAAAGCCUGUCCUCAGAUUCAGCUGGUCCCUGGGGAGAGCUGCCGAGGAACUCACUACUCUGACGCCCCUCUGCCAUUUUCCACAGCCUGAGGGGAACCAGGAAGCAGCCGGCAGGAGCCAUGCCUGCCCUGGCCACUGGAGCCGGCCACGAGCCAGGUCUGUAUGAGCUGCUGGCCGCUCUGCCCUCCCAGCUGCAGCCCCAUGUCAGCCGCCCCGAGGACAACACCUUCCUCCAAGACAUGUUUGGAGAGAGAAGCCUCCACUCGCUGGUCAAGAUCCAUGAACGGCUGCAGCACUACGAAGAGAGCAAACCCGUCCCUGUCCUGGACAGCGCUGCAGCUCUGGCCAAUGAAUUGUCCGAGGAGCUGAAAGGGAAAUCAGCCAAUGGAGAAAUCAAAGAGCUUCUCCAAAUACUGGUCAAACCCCACGUGAAGAGCGUUUUGUCGGUCCACGACACUGUUGCCCAGAAGAGUUACGACCCUGAACUACCUCCGCUGCCAGAAGACCUUGACGACGAUGAGGAUUCAGUGAAAAUCAUAAGACUGGUCAAGAACAAGGAACCUCUCGGAGCAACGAUAAGGCGUGACGAUCGCACAGGAGCCAUCCUCGUGGCCCGGAUCAUGAGAGGUGGAGCUGCCGACAGGAGUGGACUGAUACAUGUAGGAGAUGAACUGAAGGAGGUCAAUGGAAUCCCUGUGGAUGACAAGAAACCAGAGGAAAUCAUUCGUAUUCUGGCCCAGUCGCAAGGAGCCAUUACCUUUAAAGUUGUCCCCGGCGUCAAGGAAGAGGCGCCAUCCAAGGAGCCAAAGGUGUUCCUGAAGGCACUCUUCGACUACGACCCUAAGGAGGACAAAGCCAUCCCAUGUAAGGAGGCUGGACUGGCCUUCAAGAAGGGCUCCAUCCUUCAGAUCAUGAGCCAAGAUGACGCAACCUGGUGGCAGGCCAAACACGAGGGGGGCGCCAAUCCCCGUGCCGGCCUAAUCCCGUCCAAACAGUUCCAGGAGAGGAGACUUGCACUGCCGCGACCUGUUGCGACUCUCCAGUUCCAGAAGACCUCUAGCCGACGAUCAUUCUCAGUGGAUGCACCACAGACAUGUACCCCAGACUGUGUCUCACUAGAUGAUGUGGCUGUUGAGUUUGAGGACGCUGACUAUAGUAGCGGAUUCCACCUAGCUGGGUUCAGGAGAAGCUUCCGUCUGAGCAGGCGGGACAAGAAGACCAACAAGUCCAUGUACGAGUGUAAGAAGAGCGAAAUGUACGACAUGGCGGACGUGCCCACGUACGAGGAGGUCACCCCGUACCGCAGGCAGAGUGGAGCUAAACACAGGCUGGUGGUCCUAGUGGGGCCCACAGGCAUCGGUUUGAAUGAGCUUAAGAGGAAACUGUUGAUCUCAGACCCCCAGCACUUCAGUGUGACCAUCCCACACACCAGUCGGGCCAAGAGGAACCAGGAGGCCGACGGCGUGGAGUACCACUUCAUCUCCAAACACCUCUUUGAGACGGAUAUCCACAACAACAAGUUCAUCGAGUAUGGCGAGUACAAAGGGAACUACUACGGGACAAGUCUAGACUCCAUACGAUCUGUCCUCUCCAAGAACAAAGUGUGCCUAUUGGAUGUCCAGCCUCACACAAUAAAGCACCUGCGGACGGCAGAGUUUAAACCCUUUGUGGUGUUUGUGAAGCCUCCUGCGAUCGAGAGAUUGAGGGAGACCAGACAGAAUGCCAAAAUCAUAUCAGGCAAGGACGACAAGGGAUCCGCCAAGCCAUUCACGGAGGAGGACUUUCAGGAGAUGGUGACAGCGGCCCAGACGAUGGAGACUCAAUACGGCCAUCUGUUUGAGAAGGUCAUAGUCAACGAUGACCUCUCGGCCGCCUUCAGCGAGCUGCGGUUGGCGCUAAAGAAAGUGGAGAUGGAGACUCACUGGGUUCCAGUCAGCUGGACUCACUCCUGAGAUCCAGACAGACUGUAAAAGAGGAAAAGGGAAGGGCUUUGACAAAAAUAUGCAGGUUUUUAUCUUUCUAUGUCUGCUGUGGCUGGUGUUGGGGGGGGGGUGUAACGGGAAUAAAACAAGACAGCGCCAGACGGCUGUGUCGCCAUACCUGAGCUGCAAGGAUCUAAAAAUAAGCUUUUUGCUCGGGAUCAGGUUGGAUUUAGACCUCAGCUGUGGUCUGGAUGUGGAUCGCCAGGUCUGACCAGAUCUGACAGGGUUGAGGCUAAGGGAGCCCGUCCAGAAUAUGAGCCUUGGACAUUGAUCUGGGUCUCAGUCUGGGUCACACAACCAUAGCUUGAGCUCUUUGGUCCAAACCAGAAUGUGGAACGAGCCUGGACCAUCACAGCACCAGCAGUCCUGCCAGCACAUCAGCAACCGCGCCAACCAGGACUCCGUCUUUAGUGUGUUUAUAACAUUAGACCAUUAGAAACCAAAGGGGAUUGAUAAAUUUCUUCUUGGUGGACAACUUACAUGCGUAUGUCUGUAAAAGAACACAACCUCUGAGGGGAAAAGGGGGAGAAAAGCAAACAUAUUUGCCUUCUGUCUUACUAUAAAUCUGUGCUUCUAUAAUGCUUCCAUGACUGUUACUCCAAACAAAAACACUGUCAGGUACACUCUCAAGAAAGGGCAGUAAUUGUAAUUUUAUUUAAGAGAAAUUAAUAUAUUUUCUAAUGUCCUCCAGUUGUUUUCUUGCAUACCUUCUAUAAACAUAUCUCCACUUUUAAAGCAACCUGAUCUCAACUGUAGCCCCCUCUCUGACAGCCCUUUUACACAGGAGGCGUCUCUUCUUUCAGUCAACUGUUUUGAUUUCAUCACCCUAGUCCAGUUUUCCCCAUGCAAAGCAUAGAGAGCCAUUUUAUUUAGGUGUUAUAUAUUCCAUUUAGGAGCGUUCUGAAAAGCCACCCUUCAUGUGAAGGUGCCCAGCAUAACAGCUUUGCCAUUUAAAGUCCCAGAACUGGACACUUUUGGCUGUCUGCUAGAAGAAAAUGUUCACAAUUGUGUUUUAUUAGGGUGGAGUCUUUAUUUUUAUUCACAUAAAAAUGGCUUCAGCGAGGCUGCUAAUAGAGGGUCCACAGCACACUUCCAGGAGUUUAACUCAGUGAAAUGCUAAGUAGCCGCUCCUGACUUUAUGAGCAUUAGAAGUUUAUUGCUAAUUUGAGUCUCCCAUUCCCAGUCUCACUUACUCAUUUUUUACUCAGUGCUUUUCUUUUUUAAGCUUCUAUCAUAGAGAUACUUAACCUUCAAUUCUGGUACAUUGAUUCUCAAAGCAACUACUCAUUAAUCCUGGCUGUAUAAUUAUCAUUAACGAUGUUACAGCCCCGGUAGAUCUGCUAAUGUAGUGAAAGCCUGAUGAAGAGCCAUAAUUUACACUUUAAAGGAAUAGGUUGCCCUCUCAUUUGCUUGCUUUCUUUCAUCAACACCACUUUCAUGUCUGUGUAUUGUGUAUGGAACUACAGCCAAGAGGUGAUUAGCUUAGCCUAGCAUAAAGACUGGAAACGAGGAGCUGUUAGCAGCUAGGCUGGCUCUGUCCAAAGUUUAGAAAUAUGCUUACUAGCACCACUGAAGUCGUGGUUUUUAUUCAUUUGCCAGAGCCAGAGUAGUCAUUCUCUCCCCCCCCGGAAUGCUAAGCUACGCUAAAUACCUUCUGGCUCCAGCUUCAUAAUUAACGUACAGACCUGAGACUGGUAUCAGCCUUCUCGUUUUACGCUUGGCAAGAAAGCCAAUAAUAUUUCCCACAAUUUUAAACUAUUCCUGUAACUAUGUUUUCUUACCUUUGAACAAUUGGCCACCAUACUGUACAAAUCCUGUUUGAAUUUUUCUCAUACACUAGUUGUAUGUCCAACUCAGGUUGCAUUGCCCAAAUGUUUUCAAGUUCAUUUCUCUUACCAUUUCCACCUACUAUGAUAUUUAUGUAUUGGAUUUCUGUCCAUUUUUAAAAAGGGUAAUAUGAGUGUUUAUGCUCUUCAGUAAUGGUAACAAACAUAAAGGGACUUUAACACCCCUCACCCCUUUACAUUGUCUCUGGUUUUUUAUUCAUUUUAGUAUCACAUUAAGUUCCCUUUUUAAAUAUUAUUUUACUUGUUCACCUCUCCAUAUUUUACCCCUCUGCCAUCUGUUUUAUUGAUCAGAAUCAGAUUUGUACAGUCUCCAGAAAAUAUUUUUAAUUUCUUGCUGUAAAUGAAAUGCUGUUUAUGAGGCAAGUUGUAUGAAUUCACAUUAUUCUUGAUAACUGCUACAUUUUAUAUUAAAGAAAACCCAACUAAA